UCGACAGUUGUAGUAUUGUUGCAUUGAAAACCUCCAGCUAUAAACAAAACACGAGGAACAGAUUCAGUAUGCGGCUUCUUAUUUUGAUUCUUAUUCUUGCUAUAUAUAUUGCAGAUGGAAAUAAGACCUGUAAAGGUGACUGGCAACUUGUAUUUCAUGCUGUAAGUGGAAAUGGUGAAAGCAUUUUAGAAACGUGGAAAACAAAAAAUGCCAGAUGCGAUAUGUUUAGUAAAGAUUGCUCUUGUUCGACUGCCAAUGGAUGCCUUCCCCAAAAUCUACGAUUCGAAACCCUUGGUGUUGUUCCAAGAAGAAUCUUACGAAGUCCUUUAAUAGAUUACUGGGACUGUCUCAAUGUUCUUCAGGUCAAAUUUGAGUUGAGUACUCGGGGAAGAACUGUAGCAUUUAUUGAGUUUGAUGGACGUGGAUCCAACUACAUUAAUUGGUUUCAUAAUAGCAGAAUACUACAGACUAGCUGGACGGACAUGAAGAAGAGUGGAUCUUACAACUUCUUUUCAAUUGACAAAGAAACACGGUACAGUCGAAAAUUUUUCAUCAAUCAAAGGUACGGUGGAUGCCAUGUUGAUAGCGGUUGGUUCGUUGUGACUGAUGUUAAGGGAAACAAACCUUGUGAUUGGGAAAAACAAAAGCCGUAUCCCCAGUUUUUAUAUAGCAAUAAUGGGAAGAUCACCAAAUGGAAUGAUAGAAAGUUUGGUAAAGCAGAUUCUCUUAACAUUUACAUUCGGAGAGGAUGAAAUUAAAAUAAGAAUCACACAAAACUGUAUUAGUUCGAUGCAAUAAAGUUAAC